UCGGUUCGUAGCGCUCUCUCCAAUCGUUUGGUUAAGCGGAUAAAAUCCAUCCAUUAGUUGUAUCUUGUUUGUCCAACAUUUUCUUGCUCGGGAUAUAGUAUCUCACAGAUACAUUUUGUGCUGUCGCUGUGUCUUAUAAAGAUUUGCCUUUAAUCGUUCGGACUCCGGACCCGAGUACACCAUAAUCCGGUUCUUGUACAGCCGCAAGGUGUGUAACACAGUUAUCGGUAGUGUAGUGUAGUGUGGAUUGGAUGUGGACGGUGUGCCGCCACCACCACCGACCGUCAAGUCGUUUUAUAUCUUGUGCUUAGUUUGUCGGAGCGACCACAACAAUAACAACAACAAAAAGAAACGUCGUCCAAAACAAAAGAUUUUAACGUCUCGUCGUCAUCGUCCGUCGUCUGGUUCGUCGUUGUCGUGGUGUCGUAUUAAUGUGCUGCCAGUUCUGGAUAAUUUUCGAGAAAAAAUUCAAAUAUUGCAACAUUUUUGCUAAUUUUACAUUUCUACACGGCGGCGGGGUCAUCACGAGCCACCGUUAAAAAUUUAGUGUGGCGCAAACACCAACAAUAUUUCGUUUUCGAUUGUUGUCAUCGACCUAUUUUUUAACUAGAGUUAAAUUUUCUUUUUUAGUGUUAAAUGUGUGUUCGGCGUUAACAAUAAAUUCGUUAACAACAAAUAAAAAAAUAAAAGUUACCAUCGUAAGAAUAUAGAAAAGAGAAUAAGGAGAAGAAAUACAAAAAAAAAAGUUUAAACAAACAAAAUUUUGUGAAAGUUAUUUUUGUUCGUGGUUUUUAUUUUUGCAAACGACAUCGAUAAAUGUGCCUUGUGUGUCUUUCGUUCCACAGCCAAAAGUGAAUGUGAUUGCCCAUCACCAGCGCGAUUUUUUUUCUGAUUUUAAAUAAAAGAUCAAUUAAUAAAAAUUCUCGCAGAAUUAAAUAAAUAUACGGAGGUUUAUCAUAACAACAUAAAUUCAUUAAUUAAACAAAAUGUGAUUGAAAAAAAUUAUUAUAACAUAACGUAUAAUUUUAAUUUUUUUAUUUAAAUAUCUUAAGAAUCUUGUUCAUUUAACGGCGUGGCGUUGUCGUCGUUAAGUAGAGAUAGUACCAUAUUUUGAAAAAAAAAAAGGAAAUGCGGUGACAUUUGGUUAAACGUCACUUUUAACAGCAAUUGAUUUUUGAAAAUCGCAACACUUUACACUCAGACAAGAUUUCAGAGAAAAUUAUCUCGUCACUUGGACAGGACACCUUAGUUUUGAUAGUUUAUAGAUAAAAUGGGAUUCUCAACGGCCCUGCAGGGUCGUGCGGCUCAUGAGGCGCUUAUUGUGCGUCAGGAUGCUGAGCUGCGUUUAAUGGAAACAAUGAAACGCUGCUUUCAGAUGAAAGCCAAAUGUGACAGGGAGUAUGCUGCUGGUUUGGCAGCCGCAGCCCAACAGGGAUUAAAAAUUGAUCGUGCUGAUGAUAUGCAAGGCAGCCUCAUAACGAAAUCCUGGCGCUCCUACAUGGACGAAUUAGAUCAACAAGCAAAGCAAUUUCGCAUAAAUGCUGAAUUAUUAGAAGUAAUAUGCGAAAAAUUAGCUCAUCUUUCACAGGAUAAACGAAAAGCCCGCAAGUCCUAUCAAGAGGAGCACGCAAAAAUUGCCGUACGUUUAAAUCAUCUCACUGAUGAGGUUCUACGUAAGAAGUCCGAAUACCAAAAACAUUUAGAAGGAUACAAAGCGCUUAGGACCAGAUUCGAGGAGCAUUACAUAAAAUGUGGUCGCGGUGGUCGUAAGCUAGACGAUGUCCGUGAUAAAUAUCAAAAAGCCUGCCGUAAGCUACACUUAACACACAACGAAUAUGUUCUUUCAAUAACAGAAGCUGUUGAAGUGGAGAAAGACUUUCGAACUGUACUGUUGCCUGGACUAUUAGAACAUCAACAGUCUGUUCAAGAAAGUUUUAUUUUGCUAUGGAAGAACAUUCUACAAGAAGCCAGCCAACAUGGUGAUUUAACAUCAGAAAAAUUUAAUGAAAUCCAAAAGCGUAUUGAUAAUGUGAUAAAUAAAAUAAAUCCCAACGAAGAAUAUAGAGAAUUUACGGAAAAGCAUAAGCAAGUUCCUAAACUACAAAAACAAGAAAGUCUAUCUAAAUAUCAAUCAUUCCUUAGGACCUCACCAAACAGCCCAAUUGUUUUUCAAUUCGAUGAGACAUUAAUUGAAGAUAUACCUGGAAAAUUACAAUCGAAUACAUUGACAGUUGAUAAUUUGACAGUUGAUUGGUUAAGAUCGAGAUUGAAUGAUUUAGAGGGAUCGGUUAAAGAAUGUCAAGAGAAACAAAUUAAAAUGAUUGGUGAUCUAAAUGGUGGAUCACCAGUUGCGAAUGGUGUUAAUGGAAUAUCCAACAAAGAUAGUCAGAAUAGAAACUCAAAGGAUCUUAAUUCGCUGCGAUGUCAAGAGAAACAAAAACAAAAGCUUUUGGAUAUGAUCAAAAGCGCUCUGAGCGAAGUUGGCUGUGAAGAAUUACCAUCAGGGUGUGAUGAUCACUUAAAUGUUGAUCAGAAUUUUAUUGAAAAUUCAUUUAAUAAUGACAAUCAGACACGUCCAUCAGCUAAUGUAAGUAUUAUGAACGAUCUUAUCCGUCGUGGUGGAGUCCUUACACUUCUGCGAGGACCAUUUAAAAGAAAAGCGGCAACGCCACAACCAACAACUCCAACUUCUACAAUCCGCAGUCGAAAUCGAUUCAACAAGAAUAUGCAACCACGUUCUCAAAGCCUCGGAUCCUUAUCGAUGUCCCUUUCAUCGAACCGCCCACUUUACGAAGAAGAAUGGUUUCAUGGUGUGCUGCCUCGUGAAGAAGUCGUUCGUUUGCUCAAUAACGAUGGAGAUUUUUUGGUUCGUGAAACAAUUCGCAAUGAAGAAAGUCAAAUUGUUCUCAGCGUCUGUUGGAAUGGUCAUAAACAUUUUAUCGUUCAAACAACCGUUGACGGUCAUUUCCGGUUCGAAGGACCACCAUUCCCCAGCAUACAAGAACUCAUAAUGCAUCAGUAUCAAUCACAAUUACCGAUAACAAUUAAAUCAGGAGCAAUUUUGAGACGUUCAAUAUGUCGGGAACGCUGGGAACUGAGCAAUGAUGAUGUAGUAUUGCUAGAAAAAAUUGGAAGGGGUAAUUUUGGAGACGUCUACAAGGCGAAGCUAAAGUCUACAAAACAGGAUGUUGCUGUGAAAACCUGUCGAAUGACCCUACCUGAUGAACAAAAGCGGAAAUUCCUCCAAGAGGGUCGUAUUCUCAAACAAUAUGAUCAUCCAAAUAUUGUUAAGUUGAUUGGAAUCUGCGUACAAAAGCAACCGAUAAUGAUUGUUAUGGAACUUGUGCCUGGUGGAUCAUUGUUGAAUUUCCUGCGAAAGAAUUCAAAUUCCCUGACGACAAGACAGCUCAUGGGUAUGUGUAGGGACGCUGCUGCCGGUAUGCGAUACCUUGAAUCAAAGAAUUGCAUUCAUCGAGAUCUGGCGGCUAGAAAUUGUCUCAUCGAUUUGGAAAAUUCUGUUAAAAUUUCUGAUUUCGGAAUGUCUCGAGAAGAAGAAGAGUACAUUGUUUCCGAUGGAAUGAAACAAAUUCCAGUCAAAUGGACUGCUCCAGAGGCUUUGAACUUUGGAAAGUAUACUUGUUUAUGUGAUGUUUGGUCCUAUGGCAUUUUGAUGUGGGAAAUUUUCUCGAAAGGCGAUACACCUUAUUCGGGAAUGAGUAAUUCGAGGGCCAGAGAGCGCAUUGAUACAGGUUUUCGAAUGCCAGCUCCUGACAACACACCGCCAGAGAUGUACCGUCUUAUGCUUAAAUGUUGGGCUGCCGAAGCUGAAUCUCGUCCACACUUUGACGAAAUAUUUAAUGUCGUCGAUGCACUGAUUAUUCGUUUUGAUAACACUAGCAAUUAAUUCACAUAAUAAUUUAUUAUGCUUUUUGUCACACUGUGUCUUAAUUUAUUAAUAACAAAAACAAAACCGUCUCUCAACAAUUACACUACUUAUACAUAAAAUCAUAUUCUUAUAAACAAACAAUAACAAUUAAAAUUAAAAUUAAACAAAACAUAUUUUUAAGUCUUUGCAAAAAAUCGUAAUCGUCCGAAAUGGAAGUUUUUCUCUCACAACGAUAAACUCAUUAAAAAAACAAUCAUAUUUUAAUAACUAAUCAAUAAAAUUUCAUAUUUCACAUUAAAUUCAUAGUAUUAACAAAUUAAUGUAUGAUUUGCAUUUUGUAUUAUAAAAAAAAAGCAUGAAAUAUUUUAUUUGAAAAUAUUUUGAGUUUUUUCUUCGUCUUAUGAAUUUAAAACUCAAUGUGCCAAAAAAAGAAUUAUUAAUUUUUAUUAUUUACUAAGUGCUAUGUAUGUUAUAU